GGCUAUAUAAACCUGUGCGCCACGGGUAGAAAAAUCAUUCAACGAACUACUACUACACGAGAAGAGAGCUCGAAAGAACAAGAAAGAUGUAUACACGAUCAAAUAGUUUGGUAUUGUCAAUUCCGACAAAUAAUUAUCAAGGACAGUUCGCUUACAGGGCGAUGCCGCGAAGCAAAGAGCCAGAAAUCUUCACAUUUGAGCGGAUCCCAGCUCAAGAGCCACAGCGCUAUACAGCAGUGCGCCAGCGAAGGAAGAACACYCGGGUACAGUACCCAGCCAAUGUCCGGAAAUACCUUCCACCUGCCGAGAAGAGCGCUGCCAAGCGCUGGCUCGUUGCUCUGUGCCUGGUACUGUUCCUGCAGAUCUACACCGAGGAUGCUUGCAUCGAGACACCGAUCAGCGCCGAGAGCCUUGCUGUCGAGGUAAACGAGGAGGCGUCCUAUGCGCAUUACAAGGUACUACCAUUCCAGUCAGCAGAGGAACAGGCGCGUCAACUCACAGACGAUGUCUCCACCGAGCUCUCUUCUGUCAACCAUCAAGAUCAACUUGUUGGUGAGCAGAGUGACAACAUCUGGAGCAAGCUGGUCAAUACGACGUGUCCCUGCUGGGAUGGCGAGAUGAAUCGCAUGCACAGGCAGAGCACAAGGAACGGCUACGUCGUAGCCUUCCUCUACCCUGCAGUUUAUCACAGACUGGGAUCCGAGAAUUGAAAGAACUGAACAGUUUUUUCCCCAGCUAAUGACUUGACAUUAAGACGGAGCCUGGUUCAAUGGCUUUUGGUUUCGAGAAAGGUGUCGAGCUGCCUCGGRCCUGGGCGCUGACAUGCCCGGAGCUGAUUCACUAGGUUGCUCGCUGAAGCCUCACCAUAGUAGCCUACAUUAGCUGCUGUAUUUGGAGAGUGAAGCGAACAAAAGAACAUGUUACUAAUGGGACAAUUUUGAAGAACUGACUGUUACAAUACUGGACUCAAACUUGAAUAUAGAAAAACUUGAAUUKAUAUAUUUUAGGUUCACAUUUGUAAUGAUGUACUGUAGAAGUCAAACUUCCCACCCUCUCUCACAUGUUCGUAGCCUGCAAGGCCAAGACGUUUAGACCUACAAUAUUGAAGUGAUAUUUGUAAUACUAUGAUUUACUUUGUGAAAGCCUAGUACUUGAUAUUGAGACUAAUCUUUUUGUUAAACUAUUUAUUAAUGAAGAAUAUUCUAUGAAGUGUAUUAUUUAACUUGUUAUUUAUUUAUAUUGUGCUAAUGAUUUGUUAUUUAAUAAUGAAAUAAAAAAACUUUCUGAAAUGUU